CCCCCCUGCUUUCCACCAUCUUGUUUACUCUGAUGUUCCGUGCGGAGUCAGCUUGCGCAGCGCAGCCGCCAAGUACAGCAGUUUGUCGUUGGAUGGUAUCCCCUGUCUGGGGGGCUGACACCAGCAGACAUUGGGCGGAUUGCGAGCAAGCACGUCAAAGUGACCGUGUCCGGCAAAAACUCCCUGGCACCUGGCAAAGAACGCGCGAACAGCAGCUCGACGGGUCGAUCUAAACGAACGCGUGAAAGCAGCAUCUCGGCCUCGGAACCCGCUAUGAACAACGCUCUCAGCCCCAAUGACAAAGACAGCAAUCGCGCAGACCUUCCCGAAGCGAUGGAUACGCAAGAAGGUGAUGACCACGCGGCGGUCCAGCAGCAGCCGCCUCCCCCACAGCCGCCGCAGCCGCCACCCUUAGCGGCUCCUCAACCUCCGCCGGCUCCCGUUCCCGCGCCGGACGGGCAGCAGCCGGCCUUCAACGCAGUCUCCAACUUGGCGCAGGCCGGCGCAGACGACGACCCAAUGGGCGGUGGCGGUGGGGGGGGUGGGACGCGUCCGAUGGAGCCCGCGGAGGAGCCGAUGGAAGAGGAAGAUGAGGCUCGUUCGGAGGCUACGUUUCGCUUCGUCGUCCCCGAGUUUUCUCGCCUCAAGGAGUCUCUGCUCAGCCCACCCACCUAUGUGCGCAACUUGCCUUGGAAAAUCAUGGUGAUGCCACGUACCAACACAGGCAACGACCGACAGCCGACGAAGAGCCUCGGCUUCUUUCUACAGUGCAACGGCGAGUCCGAGUCUUCGGAAGCCUCUGAAGGCGAAGACAGUGUGCCAACGUGGUCCUGCAACGCCACUGCCGAGCUGCGUCUAAUUAGUCAGAAGGAGGGCGUCGAAAACUUUGUCAGAAAGAUUCAGCACCUUUUCUAUGGCAAGGAGAACGACUGGGGUUUCAGCCACUUCAUGACGUGGAGUGACGUCUUGGACCCAGAGAAAGGCUUCAUCGUGGACGACACCAUCAUCCUCGAAGUCUGGGUGUGCGCCGAUGCUCCGCACGGUGUCAGGUCGGUCUGGGACUCCAAGAAGCACACAGGAUACGUGGGCCUCAAGAACCAGGGCGCCACCUGCUACAUGAACUCAUUACUACAGACGCUGUUCUUUACGAACCAGUUACGAAAGGCUGUCUACCAAAUGCCCACCGAGAGCGACGACUCGUCCAAGAGCGUGGCGCUGGCAUUGCAGCGGGUGUUUUACGAACUGCAGUUUUCCGAUCGACCCGUCGGCACCAAGAAGCUCACCAAGUCCUUUGGGUGGGAGACUUUAGACUCAUUCAUGCAGCACGACGUUCAAGAGCUCUGCCGAGUGCUGCUGGACAACAUGGAGAGCAAGAUGAAGGGCACCUGCGUGGAGGGCACGAUCCCUCGUCUCUUCGAGGGCAAGAUGAUCUCGUUCAUCAAGUGCAAGCACGUGGACUACGCGUCUCGGCGCAUGGAGCCCUUCUACGACAUCCAGCUCAACGUCAAGGGUAAGAAGAACAUCCACGAGAGCUUCCAGGACUACUGCGCCACCGAGUCGCUCGACGGCGACAACAAGUACGACGCCGGCCAGUAUGGACUUCAGGAAGCCGAGAAGGGCAUAAUCUUUGCCUGCCUGCCGCCCGUGGUGCACCUGCACCUGCUACGCUUCCAGUACGACCACGUCACCGACAACAACAUCAAGAUCAACGACCGGUUCGAGUUCCCCGAGCGCCUCAACCUCACCGAGUUCCUCACCGAGGGUGGGGCCAACUCGGGCGGCCCGGCCACCUACACUCUGCACGCGGUGCUCGUGCACAGUGGGGACAACCAUGGGGGCCACUACGUGGUGUUUAUCAACCCGCGCGGUGACGGCCGCUGGUGCAAGUUUGACGACGACGUUGUGUCGCGCUGCACCAAGCAGGAGGCCAUCGACCACAACUUUGGCGGCACCGACGAGGACGUGGCCGUCAGCCGACACUGCACCAACGCCUACAUGUUGGUCUACAUCCGGGACAGUGCCAUCAAUGAGGUGCUACAACCGGUCACCGAGAACGACAUCCCCGAACAGUUGGUUGAGAGGCUUCAGGAAGAGAAACGUCAGGAGGCCCUGAGGAGGAAGGAACGAAACGAAGCUCACCUCUACAUGGGCGUCCAGGUGCUGACCGAGGACAACUUCACAGGUCACCAGGGCAACGACCUGUACGACCCUGAGAAGGCUAACUACAGGAACUUCAAGGUAAAAAAGCUGGCGACGCUGCGAGAGUUGCUGGAGUUGGUAGCGGAACAGAUGGGCUACCCGUUGCAAGGCAUUCGGCCGUGGGCCAUCACGUACCGCUCCAACCAGACCUUUCGCCCGGCUGCCAUCGACCUUGAGGCCGACCUUAACAAGACGGUCAUCGAUCUGUCGGAAAAUUCGAACCCAUGGACGAUCUUCAUGGAAACGAUAGCCCCCGACCAGAACAUUGACCGCCUUCCGGACUUUGACAAGGAGACAGACGUACUGCUCUUUUUCAAAAUGUACGAUCCUCGGCUGAAACAGAUUGCAUACUGCGGCCAUGUUUACAUGCCUAUCGUCGCCAAAGCCAAGGAGCUGCUGCCAUUGCUAAACAAGCGAGCCGGCUUCCCAGCUGACACGGAAUUGGUGCUGUAUGAGGAGGUAAAGCCGAACAUAGUGGACAGGAUUGAAGACCUGGAGCUUCCACUGGAAAAGGUUCUGGAGGAAUUGAUGGACGGUGACAUCAUUGUCUUCCAGAGGCUUGACCUGAAUGUGGACGAGUACGAACUGCCUACUGUCAAAGACUACUUCAGGGACCUCUUCUAUCGGGUCGAAGUGACGUUCUGUGAUAAAAUGAUCCCCAACGACCCCGGAUUUACGAUGGAGCUCUCACUCAAGAUGAACUACGACCAGAUUGCGCGUGCCGUGGCGCAGCGGUUAGGCACAGACCCUUAUUUAUUACAAUUUUUCAAAGUUCAGAGUUACCGCGAAGGUCCCGGUAACCCGCUGAGGUGUACAUACGAGGGAACGCUCAAGGACCUGUUAGUGUUCUUCAAGCCAAGGCAACCCAAGAAAAUCUAUUACCAACAGUUGAGCAUACGAAUAAACGAACUCGAGAGCAAAAAGCAGUUCAAGUGCAUCUGGGUGAACAACAAGUUCAAGGAAGAGAAGGAGUUGGUCCUCUACCCGAACAAGAACGGCUGCGUCAGUGACCUGCUCGAAGAGGCACGCAAGCAGGUGGAGCUCUCGGAGGAUGGUUCGGGGAAGCUCAGGCUGAUGGAGGUGAUCAGCUACAAGAUCUUCUCGAUCCAGCGGGAGGACGUUCCCCUGGACAGCCUGAGCCAGGCCAACUCGAAAUCGUAUCGCAUCGAGGAGAUCCCCCGGGAGGACCUCAUUGUGGCCGACAACGAGAUCCUCAUCCCGUGCGCCCACUUCCAGAAGGUUCAGCGGAGUCGCGACUAUCAGAGCGAUUCGCCCGACGACAUUAUUACUUGUAAUCAAGAGAUCUUCUCAACGUUUGGUGUUCCCUUCAUGCUGAAGAUUAAGCAUGGGGAACCCUUUGCAAAAGUCAAGGACAGGAUCCAGAAGAAGCUGGAUGUCCCCGACAAAGAGUUUGAAAAGUACAAGUUCGCCAUCGUAGUGAUGGGGCGGGCGCAGUUCAUCGAAGACAACGAUUAUGUCGUCAACCUGUCCGACUUCAUGGCCCAGGCGCCCCAAGCAACAGCAAUGCACCCGCGGCCGUGGCUGGGCAUUGAGCACGUCAACAAGGCGCCAAAGCGGUCUCGCUACAACUACCUCGAGAAGGCCAUCAAGAUCCACAACUGACCGGCACGGGCCUCCAUCUCAACCAGGAGUUGCAGCGGAGACGCCAGGUGCGCUUGAGGACGAUGACACUUGCACGCCACCACCACCACUACCAUCCGAAAAAAAGAGGGGUCGAACCGUUGUCGUCCCCUCCGGCAUCUGGCAAACGACGACGACAAAGACGGUGGUGGCAGUCGGCAAAAGCAACGGGCGGCGGCAAACGGCGCACGCGCCGCCGCCUUUGCCGCGCCGAGAGAGAAAAAAAAAAACGCUUUUCCGCGGCGGCGACGACGGCGGUGGCGGUCUCGCCGUCCUCCUCUUCCCUUGACGUCUUUUCUUUUUUUUUUUGCAUCCUCUCUCUCUCCCUCCCCCCUCCUUCGGCACGUCGGCUUCUCCUUUCCCCCGAAAACUGCAGCGACGGGAAAAGGACAGUGUGCUACUGCUGUGCGUGUGUGUGUGUGCUAGGAAGUAACUCUUGCUGUGACAGAGAAAGAGAACUUGGGGGGACGUUUUACGACGGCAUCGAUUGAAAGUAUUUUCUUUCUUCGUUUCACCCGCUGCUCAUGGCCAUGACUUGCAUCUCCACGCUCCCCUCCCUUCGCCCUCGCUUAGUCUUUGCCCUCUCUCCCGUCACUGUGUUUACAGUGUCCUUUUCUUUUUCUUUUCUGUCUCAGAAUAUCCCUGUGCACACUACUGGGAGCUCUGUCUGUCUCUGCCGUUAAUGUCAAGGUUUUCCGGUUUACGUUUACUUUCACCAGACAUGUAUAAAAAUCCGCACUUUAUUUACACUCGUCUCUUAAAACGCCACUUCGCUUUUAUACUCUCAAGCGUUUAUUUUGAGAAGUUUUCUUAACUGAAAAGCGUUCAUUGGGAGGACUAGGGCCAGUCCUGGCAGUCUUAGUUCGUCUCUCCUCCGCCCUUAGUCAUUCGUAGGUUCUCCUGAUAGUUGCGGCGACAUUUCCCGGCUGAAUGAAUUCUUCAUAGAGUUUUCGCUCCUCGGUUGGUCAGGUUAUUGCUGCCUCGAAUAGUCGCGCGUUUUAAGCGCCCGUUCCUUGGUCCUCUGCUAGAGGAAAGCUUUUGUCUUGGCAUUUAAGCCUGUACUCUGCUAGUCUCCUUAAGCCAACUUUUCUUUUUCUAAUCGCUGCCAAAGUCCCAAAUCCGUUAACGUGAGGAUAAACUGCCACACCAACUGCGCACACUGGGUGAAAUCUUUUUUUUUUCUUUUCUCAUACAAAUGUUUUCUCAAAUCACAAUUAUUGUUCAGUGCAGGCAAAAGCUCACAUAUUUUUACUCUGGUCUCGUCAGAACUUCGUUUAUGGAAUGCCAAAAGUUUUCGAUGUUCUCAUUCACAGAUCAUUAGCUUGUAAAACAUUAGUUCGCAUUUUACUAAUGAACCAGUGCAUUGACUGUAGGUGCAGUUCUUAUGGUGCCAUCUUGUGUUGAUUUAGUCUACAAUACCUCACAACAGUUCUGCGAGGUUUUGUGCAAACGUCAACAAAUCCACUUCAACCUUUGCUGCUCCUACUACAUUUGCGCCAGUCAAUGGGUUUUGUAGAACGCAAUCGGUGUUCAGAGUUGUGGUUCGGUGUGCCCUAGUUAGCGUGACAAGAUGGCACCAACAGCGGUACUGCACAUCUUUCUCUGCGUGGUGUUCGCGUGUAGAAAUGCAGCGCGUUUAUCUAUGGCCUAAAGCCAAAAUAUGUUGCAGCUGCCUUUGUGGCGUUAUUUUCUGGCCUAAUCGUGCUCAAGAAAUUUUAUUUGUAAAGCUCUGGUACAUUUUUUUUUCUUGUAGAGAGCUUAUUGUGCUGUGGAAGCUCUGCAACCUAAUCGUGCAACACAAUUCUGCCGAUUUUACACCCUUGUUACACCCUGCUUCAUGCCCGUCUAAACAUUAUUCACAAAUGUGGUGUAAAUUACUCCGAUUGUUUGUUUUUGUUUCCGUAGACAACAGCGCGCACCUUUUUACUGCGGUACCAAGCGAGUUGCAUAUGGUUCCCAUCAAAAAAAACGGGAAAUACUCAACAAUAUCCACCUCUUCGUGGGUAUGCCAUAUAGAGGGAGCAAUUUAACCCCAUUGACUAUCCACUCAAUGGAGGGUGUUAGUUACAUCCAAAAGGGUGUGAAAUGUACACUAUUUUCAACUAAGUAUCUUGGCUUGUGAAAAAAAAACUAAAUGUACCGCACUUGUGUCUAUCGGUGCAUGGAAAUGCACUGCAUCAAGCUCUUGGUGUACAUGUUCAGUUGUGAGCAGUGUGUGGCAACCAGUGGGUGGUCUCGGCACAAGCAGUUGUGUUAAAACGGAGCUGACAAAGGAGUGUGAUGUACUUAGAUCAUCUGUCGCGGGCGUGUUGUGUCGGAGUGCUGGAGAAUUGCUUAUAAAAGAUUGUGGUCACCGUGCAUCUCCCUUGUUCUUUUUUCCGAGUGUUUGGCUUCGAUUGAGUGUUGUUCACUGCUGCCGGCGGCAACCAGACAUAGAUCUUGCAAUACAGCGUGCUUGUGGAACACUGCCUCGAGUACACUUUUGAAAACAACCUGCACAAUUUGAGGCGUAUCUGUCCCAUGCCGGUAAUAGUCAUAAUUGUACGCCUUUUCUUGCAUGCACGUUACGGGCAUGACACAGCGUUUUGGGCCGAAGUGUACAAUAUUAAGCGUACUGUUUAAAGCAAAUAAAUGCGAGCAGUAACGGGAUAAUCGCAAUUUUUUUUAAAGGCUCAGAUGAGCUUUGCACGGUGUAGCAUGCAACAGUAUACACCGGUGGAUGUUUUACACCACAUGAGUUGUAAACUGUACAGGUACGCCUCAAAGGGUGUAAACACAAAUUUGUGACCCUUGGCGGUUUUACACCAUAUAAGGUGUAAUUAAGGCAGAUUUGCUUCAAAUGGUGUAAAAUGUAUUAGUGUGCACAGUCAAACAUCUUACCCUGUUGAUGCUGCAUCAAUAUUUUUUGCAGAAAAUGCAGUAUACGGGGUGUGCAUGCACACAAGCUGAAUUAAAGGAAACGAAUCCUUGAUGUUAAACGUUUUGAUGUUUUGCAAAAAACAAAAAUGGCACCUUAGCGUUAACGCUGUCGCGAAAAAAGGAAGCUCCGAGAAAUGUAAACCUUCCUUCUACCGUUGUCGGUGGUCAAGGUCUUUUUCUGUUUCUUGAGAGAAAGUUCAAGCAAGCCUAACUUAACUGACACAUAACGUGCAACUAGUCUGUAAUGCGGCAAAAAAAAGGACCUCAGCCUUCAGCGGUUUCCGAUGUGUUAUUUUCCAAUGUGUUAUUGUGGUGCAUAAAAUAUGGCGGGCUUACUGUGGUGUACAUUUAUGGGUAUGUUUUUUUUUACAGAAGCAUUAGUGUCUGGUGCCUUUGUGUUUAUGCUAUUGGGAAGGAAUUGUGAAAUCUUGCUAGUGCGGGCAAAAGUAAAGAGCCUGCCUUGUGCUGUCGUAGUUGUACCUAGUGCCAUCGGUUUCCAAAAAGUGGUACGUUGUGGCCGCCAUGUAUGGUAUCGGUCCAUUUUUUUAAGGUUCAGAAAUAUGUGCAACGUCGAGAUUAUGCAAACGAGCACGGGUGUAUUUUCUUCACUGCCCUCGGUGAUUAACGUUUUUGUAUGUGCUUUGCAGUGAGAGUUCCUUUUCUCGUUGACUUCCUGUUUGCAAAGGCUUGCUGUUCUUUUAACGCUUGCCCUUGUGUGUAUUAUUCGCGUGGCAGUUUGUGCAGGUGUAUGCAGUGUGUAACAGUGUACCAGCUGCAGUGUGCAAUGCCUAUGUGCACACACGCAUACACACCUCCCCUCUUUAUUCUUAGUUCAUUAAUGCAAGAGCAUGUCAGCUGGCACGUUGAGCAUUUUCAUGGAGCUUUAUUACUCGGUGAUCUUUCUAUGUCAUGGUGUUUGUUUCACCAAAAAUUUUUGGGGAAGUAUCGUGAACCUGCACUUUUCAGGUGAUCGAAGUUGGCUUCUUUGGUGUGAGUGGAUUGAGGGCGCUUGGAACAGUGCGGCGAUUACGGAAUGUUUCGUGAAGCGAUCUCUAAACUGCAGCUCGUUUGCCACCUUUUAAGCUCUGCACAGGGAAGGAAGGUGCUUUGCAGUCUGAGCGUGCAGAGCGUUGCGAUUGCCGUUCCUUUCUGAGCAAGCAGGGAACGGCGCACUCAUUGACGGCCGUUGUACGACCGUAAAGCAGCAGUUUCCAUGGACGAAAGGAACGGGUGGAAAUUGCACCAAUCUCGCUUCUACGAGAUGUACACUUUCCUUAUCGCCUAAAAAAAAAAAUCUUGCGGAUUGAGAUGAGCAAGGGCAGUAUCCGAGUUGCCCAGAAUUCAAGAGCAAUCAAGUCUGCUGUUUAUCCAUGAGUCAAUUACGGACAAACCUCAUGACUGAGUUGCAUCUGACACGAAAAUUCCUUAGCUAUAUCCGAAAAUUUUCGACACUGACAGGACUAUACGCCAUUUUCUUUGUUAUAACCGGUAAUUCGUUAUAUCCACAUGUUAUUUCGAGGGUUGCUUUAUACGGACAUUUCCCAAUGGAUGGUGCAUAUCUGGCUACUGCUGUGACUUAUUUCCGGCUUCAUGUCGCGACGCUCGGUCUCUUAUUUGUCCCGUUUCCGUCUCUCGAUUCCUUCUAUCUUUUUUCCAUUUUUUGUGACAAGGGGUAGUCCGUCAGUAAGGAUAGUAGUAGCUGGGAGGGGAGUAGCCGGCUGCUAAGAGUCCGUACCGCUUCAAGUCCGUACCGUUUCAGGGCUGUACCACUGCAAGACCGUACUGACCGUAGCCUUGACUUCUCGUUCCGCAUAGCCACUUCUUAAUUUUUUUUUUUCUGUCGCUGUCUUGCGAGGGAAGGUGAGAUUACCUAGAGUCGGAUGCAAGGGAGGGGGAGGGCUGAGAAUCCUCAGCUGUUCUUUAGUCUUUUUUUUUUUUUUCAUUAUAUGCAUGUACAGAUUUAAAAGAAACAAGCAAGCGCGAUAAAACGAUGUGCUUGCGCGCCAAUGUUGAAAGGAGUGUGUGCGAAACGGCAUGUCUGUGUGUGUGAGUGCGAGUAGAACACUUUUUUUGUUUCUCUGCUUGUCGCGGGUGCCCGUUUGUGAAGUGGCGCCACCCCACCCCCCCAUCCCCCAGUGGUCGUUGAGGAACUUUAAGGGGCAGUAAUAUUUAGUGAAUGUUGUGGAACAUUUUUUUUUUUUUUUGAGAAUAAAACUUGGAAGGAAAAGAAAGA